CUAAGCUCGGCUAGUGUACCAUGUGGCAAAAAUUCAAAGCUUCCACCAAAAAAGAAUAGAAGUUUAUUAACGUAGUUCUCCAAGAGAAAUUUAAAUUGAUUGUUUCGUUCUUGAUAUUUGGCAAUGGUCCUCUAAUUCUUGAAAAAGUAACAAAAAGCUAUUUCAUCAAGAGCAACAACAAGAUGACACGACUCGGGAGUCGUGGCCUAUUGGCCAUUCUGGCCGGGACCUCCUGUGGUUUUGGAGAAGGUGCGUCGAUCAGCAAGGCAGAGCCUACCCGCAGAUAUGGACCCUUGGGUAAAACACGUCUAAACACUUUCUGUUUUCACUUUAUUUGGUGGGACACAUGACAUGACGUUUAAUAUCUGAUGUACAUGUACUAGUUGCACGACUUGGUGGAGUGACUUGUAGCCAACUACAAGCAACACCAUCCCACAUCAACUUCAACAACUUCAGGUGAAGAUACUGAAGACAACCUGGAGGAAGUCGAAAAGCAGGAAGAUGAAAUCCUCGACAGAGAGCAAGAUGAGAUUGAAAACAGAGCUGAGAUGAUGAGUCUGUUGCGAAAACAUUAUGGCCGCACAUCAUGUUGAGGUUGUUGAGAUCAUCUUUUUUCUUUUCGUACAGUUAUCUGGCCGCACAUCAUAUUCUUGAGGUUGUUGAGCCUCAGCUUUUUCUUUUCGUACAGUUAUCGUUCUCUUUCUAACGUCUUUGAGCGUAACCACAACGUUUUUCAGCUUCUUUCCUAUCGUUUUUCCUCUCCGACCUUAUUUUCUUUGCCUCUUACUCUCUAACAACCGCAUAACAAGCGACACCAGCAUCGUGGGGAUGAUGACGCUUGGACCGAACGUGAAUUCACUGCGCGACUUGAGCAGGCAAGAGAGGCGCAGAGAGCCCAACGAGCUGUUAUCCAUGCGCAACAGAUGCUACAUCAGCAGAACAAGGCGAAGAAAGAGGCAUCUUUGCGUAGAAGUGGAGGACAGAAUAACUUUUAUGACUAGUUGGUUCUUGGGUAUAGAUGGACAAUUGGAGAGAUUUUAUCGAAAUAAGUUCCAUUGCUUCUAAUCCCGCAACCUGGUAGACCAAGAACAUCGAACUACUUCCAAGGGACUACAUGCGGAGGAGCAGUAUCCCUACUACGAGGACGCGGCUUACAACAGCUACUAUCCGCCACCUCCACCGCCACACUUGUACCAUCAAGUGAAAGCCUUCCAACGUGGACAGAAUAACUUCUACUUUUAUGCUGUUCGCUGUUGAUGGUGGAUGUGGAUCAUCUUCAGAUGGUCUUGGAUCGUCUUGUUCAACCUCGCUUUUGAUUUUUCAACCUCAGCCUGCCUCAACUAUUAUCUCCAACACCAACUCUAAUACGUUGUCUACAGCGAUUUGCCGGAAUCCUUUGGCAGUUAUGUUCCUCCAUGUGACGCCACUGGGCUUCCCUGUUCGCCGGUCUCGUUUAACAGGGAGUCUUCCUCACCGCCGAGACGCACGACUUACCCGCAACCGUAUCGCUCGACUGCUUUCUUUAAGAAUGUGGAGGAUGAUGUUGAUUAUUGUUCACUUGUUGUCAGUGCGUAGAGUGAAGAUGAACUACAAGAAACUUCAUUAGCACUAAUUAGUAUCGUGGUCACAAACACAAACGUAUCGGCGCUCCCUGCUGCUUGAGGAGGUAAAGCAACAAAAAUGACUGUCUGCUCGUGUAUCCGACUUUACUAUUUUCGAAAUAGGACAGAAGAUUCUACUUCCUCCUCGUCUAACCUCAACGGGUACAACGAAAAUGUAGACCCUUGCGCCCAAUCUGCCGAAAAGAGGGCUGCUGCUGCUCGGAGGGCGAAGAUGAUUCGCCAGUUGAAGAUGAGUAACAAUUUCGAGGAUGAAUAUUUUACUGACCCGUGUAUUACUUAAGACAGGGAUCAAUAGAUUAAUACUGAUCUUCCAUGUAUUACAUACUUAACAGAGGUGGUCGGUAUUUCUAUUUCUUUCAACUACAGUCUCAUGUCUGUGGAUUUGGAUGUGGAUUAUGCUGGGUGGAUUCAUCCCUGUAAUAAUUUCAAAGGGUGCCUUCAAGUACUAGGGGCAUCCUAAAGGGUUGCUGCAAAGAGCAAUCACUUUAUUUUUUUUCAUGGGGAUAGAUUUACAAGAGACUACAAAGCGAAUCCAUUCCGCCGAGAUUAGUAAUGAUUUGCUUCUAGUUCUACCUGAAGACUCACUUCUGUACGUUCUAAUCUGCACCUGCAAAAAGUGAAAAGCCGUUUUUCGCGCAUUAUCCGACUCAUCCCGAUAACAUCGGAACUAGUCUGCAAAAAGGGCCUGCUUCGUAUCCCUUUCCGCAGGUGCCGCAUGGCAUUUUUCGAGAUCAUGAAAACAAGUCUACUUCGUCUUCUGAAGACCACGAGUCGGAUGAAGAGUCCAUGUCCUCUUCUAAGGAUCUCUCCUACUCUGUCUCUACGCCUCAUUCAUCUCCUGCUAGUAUGAGAGGCAGCAGUAGUACAACGGCUUCUAGAGUUUCUCUAGAAGAUUUCGUAGAAGACAAACACACGUCGGGCGGGGUGUCGAAGUCGAAGUUCUCGUCUCAGGUAGAAGGGGUAGUUUCUUCUCGUGGUGGUCAACAACAUCACCAUCAGAAACGUGCUGUAGGAGCUCCACACAUGAACAGGAAAGUACAGGGUUCGGCAAGGUCUUCUUCCACUAGGAGUCGCUCGGCAGCUGUCGGAAGUCAUCCGCACAUCCAUGCGCACUCAGCCGCACACCACCAGCGACCGGCUUCAACUACCUCGCACCAUCAUUCGCAGGUUGUAGCCCAUCAUCCUCGUCAGGAUUCUCAACAUGCGCGUCGCCGCCAUGCCAACUAUCAUCAAGUAGAUCAUCAUACCGCACGACCUCAACAUCAUGAUCAACACCACACCAGAUUUGCAAGCUACAACAACCACGAUGAUGCACGUAAUGAAGCUGAAGUUCCUGGAGUUGGACAGCAUCAUGCAGCGCAGUAUGAUCAACAACAUGGACGACGAGCAAGUGCUGAGUUAGUUGGAAAAAUGCAGAAGGCGGUGUCAAAUACUGCCAGCUUGGCCAAGAAAGGAUUUUCGAAUGGUUAUCAGAAAGUUUUGCAGCGUGGACGAGCACUGAUGGCCAUGAAGCCAGUUGGAGGAGGUAUUGAUCUUUUCGGUUUCUUUUUGUUUUCUCUUCCUCGUGUAGCCAUUGAUAUUGAUUAUUGAAUCCGAUAAAGUCUAGGUCCUCGUUUCUGUGAAUGUAUGGCAGGACUAGGUACUACGGUACCUGUCUGCUAUGCGCCCAUGCAUCACGUUUCAAGAUGAAGCGAGACAUCAAGCAAUACCGAUUCUCCUCUACCAGAUUCCGAUAACCACGAAGACUCGCGAAACAAGAAGAACAUGUUCAGUCUGCUUGACAAAGGGCAAAGCGAGCUGUCGUCUGGUACCAGAGCCGAGGACUCCUCGUUUUCAACCUACCCCCACUACAACUACUAUGAAGACCUUCAAGGAGCCCAACCCCAAGCACCGCGUGGACGCUUUAUCCAGAAAGCUCGUCGUGGACGUGGGCGCCAGCAAAGGGUCUUGAGUGCGGGUGGAAUGUUAUGAUAGUGUGAAACAUGACAUAAAACAUUUUAGCCAUAGUUAUUUCUCGAGUUAUUAUCACUCUGACUCUCAGUACGUCUGGAUCUGUUAUCACGAGAAUGGAUAGAAAAUACUAAAAAUACUUCGACUUCACUUUUUCACACUUCUUCUCUCCAAGAACAUGUCAACGACUACUUAGAGAUGUCAUAACAUGAUGACAAAGACAAUCGCAUCUCAUCUCACCAUAUAUAACAUGAAACGGAACCUCAUCCCGCCAUUUUCUUCAUACUCCUCCCACACCCACCAUGGAGGACGUGCUUCACAAUACCAGCGCCAACAGCGCAGGCAGAAGGCUUAUCUUCAUAACAAGAACGUCCGCACCUACGAUCCGUAUGCUGACUGCUACAGCUCAGGUGGUGGCUCUGGUGCUUAUCACAGUUGUGAUGGCCCAACCGCGUCGGCUGGCAACGUCUAUAAUUAAGGCUGACUACCUGUGCCACUACGUACACCGAAAUUUUCAGUCAUGGGCGUAGGGAAAUCAUCACCCAAUUCAUCUGGAAGAAGAAAACAAGAAGAAAAAGCGAGCCAGAUCGAUGAUUCCUGAGAUGAAUUCCCUAUGCCUCUAUUGUAGGUCUUGCUUGUUACCUUCUUUUUUCCUCACAGACUGACAUAGUGAGUAAAAAUAUCGAAAUCUUCAUGUGCAUAGCAUCGCGGCUGAACAAUUAAAUCUAGACGAAAAAUCUCUAAUCACUCGGAGGAAGUGGCGACUUUGCAGGCAGCCCCUUCGCAGGGGAUGACCCGUAUGCACCAACUCAAGAGGACCUCUCUACUUUAAGGCUAGUUGAUUACUAUCCCAUGUGGACUAUGUAUGUAAUUUGCCUGAGAAGUGGAGUUCCCCUUGAAGAUUCAAAGGGGAGACAAAUAAUCAUAAGGGGAAACCAAACGGCAACUAACUCACUCAAUCAGGGAUAGCAGUGAAGAACUAGCUUUAAUCUUUGGACCAUCACCAUCCAUGGACAUGCCUUCCGCAGAACCAGGCGAAGGUGGUCACGCAGAAAGUCAUCAGGUUCAGGACUACGGUUACUAUUAAGACAAGGUUGCAGCACGACCUAAAAAGUAUACGCUUGUGUUGAGUAGUUGUUCUACUUUGAUGCUUUUUUGAUGGUUUGAUCAUGCUUGUGAGUAGUUGUUCUACUUUGAUGGUUUUUUGAUAGGUGCCGGGGGAGCUCGAUGUGCAGGAUCCACAACCUAGCCUAACCGUUUUGAUAGCACAAGGCCCACCUCGACGGCAGCUCUCAGUGAUCAUCUGGCACGAACACUUGUUGUUCUUAUAAAUAUGUCUUAUGUACUUCUUCUAUCUCGUCAGUCUAGUGGUACGAAAGAUGAUCAUGACUAACUCGUCGCUCGUAACUACGAUGAUCGAAGCUUGGACGGUAGCCACACAGGGGAAAUGAGUAUCUGGCCUGAAGCACAAUCGCUGUCUCCGCAUAUCACACAGAUCUUCCAAGGCCACGGGUCUUACAUUGCAGGGUUGGAUGAGGAUGAAGAAGCGUCUGGAGCAGAUCAGUUAUGAAACACAUUCUUGGACGAGUCCAGAUUCUUUUGCUUGAGUGAGAAAAUCAAAAUCGUUCUCAUGAAACAUGUUCUAGUGUUAGUGUUUUGCUUUUUCUGGUCCCCUUUUGCCUUUGGUGGACCAAUAUCUUGGAUUUAGUUUGAUGCUCCGGAAGUUUCUCAUUGUUCUCAACCAGUACUCUUUCUCUUGUUUUGUGCUACAUUUAGAUUUAAGAAGUGGUUCUACUCCCAUUCCUAGUUCUCCUAGGUUUCCUUCCUGCAUCUAAGAUCUCAUUCCCAUCAUCCUCCACCACUUUCAUCUUCUACUAGCACCGACUCCUACGGUUCAGGCGGUGACAUGUGGGGAGGUGGCUAUGACCCGUUCGCAGCACCUGCUUCUAGCGCAGACCCGUUCGCAGCAUCCGCAGAUCCAUUAUGCCUGUUGUUUUUGUUGAGCUUAGAUUUAUCGUGCUGGAGGAAGAAGAAUUUGAAUUCUCCGAGUUUUCGCAGAAAAAUCAUGACAGGAAUUGUAAGACGCCAAUGCUGCUUUUCAAUAGAAAAUGAAAAGGCAUGAAAUCCUCGAUAAAACAGCCUCUAACAUUCGCCGCCCCUGCAGAAGACCCUUUUGCGCAGGAAGCUGGCUCAGAAGACCCUUUUGCACAGGAAGCUGGCUCAGAAGACCCUUUUGCACAGGAAGCUGGCUCAGAAGACCCUUUUGCACAAGCAGCUGGCUCUAGUGAGGACCCAUUCGCAACAUCGCAGGAAGAAACCUGGACCUUAAACCAGAGGAAGAAGAACGCUGCUAGUAGGUUGAAAAGUGGAAAUGCCAAGAUCAAACUUAUGGUGGUCUACUUCUAGUUCUAAGUACAACAAAAAGUGCAAGAACCCAGGAAGUAUCGCUAGUAUCGAUUAAGGAUAGGGAUAAGGUGCAACUGAGCAGAAGGUAAAUUGUAGAGAAGUUCUUGCUUGUCAAUGACACUCUCAUGAUCUUCUAAAGAUGUGAUUAGCCAUUUAUUUGUGAUGUGAUGCUCCUCGGAUCACUUUUCUUCUAAGAUUUGCAGCGCAAGAAGAACCGCGUCAACCCAGGGAAGCAUGAAGCCGACGACCACUGGCCAGAGCAGCAUCCCCGCCUCGUCGCAGGGUGCGCAGAAGGUAGCUGCGCCUGCCGCACCGCAGCAGGUAGACGCGUCUGCCGCACCGCAGCAGGUAGCUGCGCCUGUCGCACAGGGCGUCCCGAUCGUGGCGGUGCCAGAGGCUAACAAGGCGUCGCGCUAGAUGAGAUUUUUUAAGUUGGUAGUAGUAGAUGUGAAAAUGAACAGAUACAUACUGCAGUAGAUAAAGAUAUAAACACGGAGAAAUAUAUUGAAAGAAAGUAGUUGGUGGAUAUCAAAAACGGUCCGGUCAGGUUCAUUGGAAAAGAGCUCCUGCUUCUGGAAGUUCUUGAACGUGUUUCUCCAAAAGAAAUAUCGGCAGAUCAUAAGUUUUUUGUUUCAGUUUCGCUUUCGUUGAGUCUUUUUAGAACAACUACAUCAGCAAUCUCGUUUCGUGUUCCAGUCACGUCAUUAUUUCAAGCCAUUGCUAUAAUGCAUAUGCACAUCAAGGUCGUAUUUAUCUCCAACAACAAAUAUAUUUUUUGUGCUAGUGCGUUCACACAUUCUCUUCCUUGCUUUGUUUCUGAAAUCUAUGACAUUGUUUUACACAUAGACAUACAUGACAUAGUCCUCCCUUCAAGAAUCUGUAGUGCGGUGGCACCACUUGCAAGAGAAAAACAUCCCGAAGAUAGACAUGAAUAUCAGAGCUCGUCUUCCAGAAAAUGGUAGACCAUCUAUGACGCCCUUAAGGCAGUCUGCGCUGGUACUAGGUGUGUAAUUUUCCCUGCCUUUGCUCCUAGGCUUGACCAUUUUGGAAUCGUCGGGGCAGUAGCGUAGUUUGUUAAGGAGAUUAAGAACUCUCCCCUACGCCGGUAGCUACGCG